AUGUCGAAACCACGGAUGUUGAAUGUGUUUAUAGCUAAGCGAUUAAUAUCUGCAGCCGUUAACAUAUUUGGGAUUGAGGAAAAGUGGAUAGCCCAGUACCAGCAGCAACUAGCAGCAGUGACUGUUGAGAUAAUGGCAGCAGUGGAAAAGACGAUAGAACAAGAGCUCUCCCGUUCAAAGGAGGAGAAUGAACGUCUACGGAGGCUUCUUCUGGAGUUGGGAGCAGGUUCGUAGUUAGGUAUUGAAAGAGAGAGGGGGGGUUUACACCGGUAACAAAUAACCACCAGAGAGGGGCAGCUAGCUUAGCCCAUAGCAUGGCUAGAAUUAUCUGCUUUUAGCAACGCUGGUGUAUUUCAGGGGAGAACGACUGCCCCUUCUCAUUGAAGCCACUGCACGAACUUCAAGGCCGCCCGCGGUACUGCCGGCAUUGUUUGCAGAAAACAGGAUCACCCAUUAUAGUGAAUAGGAAAAUGCCAAUCUUCGUGUAAAUAAAUACACAUUUCGAAAACAAUCACGGUACCAAUAAAUGCUUAUAUUACUCCAGAUGUACACAAGUUAUAAGGAUAAUUUAGUAGCUAAUGGCAGCCUGCAGUACCCCGGUUGGCCUACAGCUUGACAUACUCAAUGAGAGGGCGCUAGCCUGUAACGUCACUUCCUGGAGGAGCUAAAACAGCGCAUGUUAUUGGCCCGUUUAAAACAACUCGGAAAAAUACGAGUUCAAAUCAUGACGUCAGUGAUCUUCAGGUCGGAAAAGCGGAGCUCUAGAAAUAGCCGGAGUUGGAUGACGGUAAAAAACGCGCUUUUGCCCAGUCUGAGCUCGGUUUUUCCCGAGUUCCCAGUUGUUUUGAACGCUCGGAAGUCGGGAGAUUUCCGAGUUCCUAGUUUUAAACGUGGCAUUAGUCUACACACAUGUCCCACAUGAGAAGCCAUCAUAACCGAUUCCUUGGCUUCAAAUAGGAAUGAAUGGUGUCACGCGAUCGAUGGCUUUGUCUAUUCAAAUUGUAAUUGGUGUAUUUACACUAGUAUUGCUUUCAAUUGCCUUGCAAAAAAAAAAAAACAGGAAGAGUCCGCAGGAAGCCAGACGUUAAAUACAAUUCCAUUUCAACUUACUGUGGUGGUGGGCUGGACUGUUGGUCUUUAUAACGGGGGAAUUUCAAACAAAAUAUCUAAAGGAACGUAUUAUUAAGCAGACUUAACUAGAAUAGAUUCCCACCUACUGUUGGAAAUGGCUUGUUCUGUUCUGAUUAGUCAAACGGCAGUGCUGGCUCAAAAUGUGGCUCGGAAAACAUACCUCAAUGGUCCAUGGCACUCUACCUCAAAUUUUCCAAUGAUCCAAAAUGCUAAAUCGAGAAUAUUGAAAAACUAAACUGCCUUUUUUUUCCUCAUGCUAGGUAGCAGAAGCCACAGCAGCCAUUUUGGAAUGCACAUUUCAUUGAACAACAAGGGGCCUGAUUGGCUGACUAUCCUUUGUUUUUCAACCCAACAGGCAUUCCAAAAUAACUACUGUGGCUUCUGCUACCUAGCAUGAGGACAGAAAAGGCAGUUCGAUUAAAAAAUAGUAGUACUUCAAUGUUCUCGAAGUAGCAUUUUGGAUAAUGGGAUAAUCAGGAGUACAGUGCCAUAUCCCAUUCCUAGAUUGAGGUACGUUUUCCAAGCAAUAUCUUGUGCCAGCUUCGCCAUGUGAUUAAUCAAAACAGAAGGCAUUUCCAACCUUACAGGAGAGCAGAGCUGUAAUGUUGGAAUCUAUUCUAGCAACCCAUAGCUUAGCCACAUUAUCUGACUAUCCGUUCAUGUUAUAGUGAAGGAGGCCUGUUUUCUCUUUCUGCUAAACUUUUACCAGGUAAGUUGUCUGAGAACACAUUCUCAUUUACAGCAACAACCUGGGGAAUAGUUGAAGGGGAGAUGAAUGAGCCAAUUGGAGGCUGGGGAUAAUUAGGUGGCCAUGAUGGUAUGAGGGCUAGAUUGUGAAUUUAGCCAGGACACCGGGGUUAACACCCCUACUCUUAGAAUAAGUGCCACGGGAUCUUUAGUGAACACAGAGAGUCAGGACACACAUUCAACGUCCCAGCCGAAAGACGACACCCUACACAGGGCAAUGUCCCCUAUAAUUGCCCUGGGGCAAUGUCCCCUAUCAUUGCCCUGGGGCAAUGUCCCCUAUAAUUGCCCUGGGGCAUUGGGAUAAAUAUAUUUAUUUUAGACCAGAGGAAAUAGUGCCUCCUACUGGCCCUCCAACUCCACUUCCAGCAGCAUCUAGUCUCCCAUCCAGGGACCGACCAGGACCAACCCUGUUUAACUUGAGUGGCAAGCCAGCAGUGGGAUGCAGGGUGGUAUGCUGCUGGCCAACUGCAUAUAAGAGUAAUGUGAUGUAGCCUAAUGUAAUUAGCUAUCUAACUAAGCACUCUCAUCCCUUGUCGUUCCUCAUUGUGGCAAAAGCAAAGAGCAGCCACCCUCCUAGCUAGAUUAACUUCUAUAUGCUGUAUGAUAUUCCUUUAGCCUCAGCAGAGCACAGAGACACAUGAGUGUAUUUGGAUAAAUGUGACGUAUCUUAGGUUUUUCUUGAUUGUCUAUCUGGAUAAUUAUUCCCUCUCCUUCUCUCCAGACCCCCAGCAGCUAACUGUCCCUGAAGAGGUUCCUCCUGAGCAGCAGCAGGAAUGGAGCCCCAGUCUGGGGCAGGAGGACCCAGAGCCCACACAGAUUAAAGAGGAACAGGAGGAACUCAGGACCAGUCAGGAGGAAGAGCAGCUUCACAGACUUGAGUCUGAUCCCACAGAUGUUGUAGAGUUCAUAUUUACUGCUCCUCCCUGUGUGGAAAUAGACUCUGAUCAGGACAGAGAGAGGGAGAGGGACUCUCUACCCACCAACACAACUGAACAGAUCCAAACAGAACCUGAUGGAGAGGACUACAGAGUAUCAGAACUAACCAGUGACUCUCUGCUCCUCUCUGCAGUAAAUCCAGACUGUUCUGCAGCUCACAGUGAAAUCAUUGUAAGUGUGGAUGAAGACGAGAGUGAAGAAGUU